AUGGCGAGGUACUCUGUCUUAUAUUUCAUUCUGCUGAGCACACUGAUUGACAGGGACCAAGCCUGCUUCUGUGAUCACUACCCAUGGACUCCGUGGUCCAGCUGCUCAAAAACCUGCAAUUCUGGAACUCAGAGCCGACAGAGACAAAUAGUAAUGGACAGUUACUAUUGGGACAAUUCUUGUGACCAGAUUUGCACCAAGCAGGAGACCAGAGCAUGCAACUGGCAGAUGUGUCCCAUCAACUGCCUUCUGGGAGACUAUGGGCCAUGGUCGGACUGUGACCCCUGUGUUGGAAAACAGUUCAAGAUUAGAUCUGUCUUGCGCCCUAGUCAAUUUGGAGGACAACCGUGUACUGAGCCCCUGAGCACCUUUCAACCAUGCAUCCCAUCUAAACUCUGCAGAAUUGAAGAGGCUGAUUGCAAGAACAAAUUUCGUUGUGACAGUGGGCGUUGCAUUCCCAACAGGUUAGAAUGCAAUGGAGAAAAUGAUUGUGGAGACAACUCAGAUGAAAAGGAUUGUGGGAGAACUAAGGCAGUGUGUCCCCGGCAGUACACACCCAUCCCUAGUGCACAGUUGAUGGGUGCUGGGUUUCAUUUUCUAGCUGGGGAACCGAGAGGAGAAGUCCUUGAUAACUCUUUCACUGGAGGAAUGUGUAAAACUGUCAAGAGCAGUCGAGCAAGUAAUCCAUACCGAGUCCCAGCCAACCUGGAGAAUGUCAACUUCGAGGUAAAAACUGAAGAAGAUGAUUUGGAAACAGAUUUCUACAAGGAUUUAAUUAAUUUUGGAAAGAAUGAAAAUCAAAACAAAAUUUUGUCAGCUUCACAGAAAGGUUCUUCUGGGGUGCCAUUUUUGUUUUCCAAAAAGAAAAGUAAGAGCAUCAACCAAAACUGGGCCUUCAAACAAGCUAUUCAAGCUUCCCACAAAAAGGAUUCAAGCUUUAUUAGAGUCCAUAAAGUGAUAAAAGUCUUAAACUUCACAAUGCAAGCUACCAAUCUGCAGCUUUCUAAUGUCUUUUUGAAAGCACUUAACCAGCUGCCUUUAGAGUACAACUCUGCAAUGUAUAGUAGAAUCUUUGAUGACUUUGGAACUCACUACUUCACCUCUGGUUCCCUGGGAGGUGUGUACGACCUUCUCUACCAGUUUAGCAGUGAGGAGCUAAAGAACUCAGGUUCAAUUUUGCAGGCAGCAGAGAAAGCCAUAUCACUGGUUCAAGGAGGUAGGAGCGAGUAUGCAGCUGCUUUAGCAUGGGAGAAAGGGAACUCUGGUCCCGAGGAGAAAGUCUUUUCUGAGUGGUUGGAAUCAGUGAAGGAAAAUCCCGCUGUGGUUGACUUUGAGCUUGCCCCCAUCAUGGACCUGGUAAGAAACAUCCCCUGUGCAGUGACCAAGCGGAAUAACCUGAGGAAAGCUUUCCAAGAAUACGCAGCCAAGUUUGACCCUUGCCAGUGUGCUCCAUGCCCUAACAAUGGCCGUCCCAUGCUUUCUGGGACUGAGUGUGUGUGUGUGUGCCAGAGUGGUACCUACGGUGAGAACUGCGAGGAGCGCUCUCCAGACUUCAAGUCCAGUGCAGUAGAUGGGAACUGGGGCUGCUGGUCUUCCUGGAGUGCAUGCAAUGCUGCUUAUAAAAGAUCAAGAACCAGAGAGUGCAAUAACCCUGCCCCCCAACAAGGAGGGAGACGCUGUGAGGGGGAGGAGAGACAAGAGGAGCACUGCACGUUUUCAAUCAUGGAAAAUAUUGGGCAGCCAUGCAUCAGUGAUGAAGAAGAAAUGAAAGAGGUAGAUCUUCCUGAAAUAGAAACAGAUUCAGGAUGUCCUCAGCCAAUGCUUCCAGAAAAUGCAUUUAUCUGGAAUGAAAAGAAACUAUACUCCAUUGGAGAAGAAAUAGAAAUUGCAUGCCUUACUGGAUUCAAAGCUGCUGGGUACCAGUACUUCACAUGCUUACCAGACAGGACCUGGAGGAGAGGAGAUGUAGAGUGCCAACGCACAGAGUGCCUCAAACCAAUUUUUCAAGAUGUCCUGACCAUCACACCGUUUCAGAGAAUAUACAGACUGGGUGAAUCCAUUGAGCUAAGCUGCCCCAAAGGCUUCACUGUGGCUGGGCCAUCAAGGUACACGUGCCAGGGGGAUUCCUGGACACCACCCAUUCCAAACUCACUGACCUGUGAAGAAGAUAUUCUGAAAAAAUUGAAGGGCCACUGUCAGCCUGGACAAAAACAACUGGGAUCUGAAUGUACCUGUAUGUCUCCAGAAGACUGUAGCCAUUAUUCAGAAGAUCUCUGUGUAUUUGAUUUGGGCUCCAACCAUUAUUUUACUUCACCUUCUUGCACUUUUUUGGCCAAGAGAUGUUUAAAUAAUGAGCAACUCCAUUUUCUACAUAUUGGUUCUUGCCAAGAUGGUCCACAGUUAGAAUGGGGUCUUGAAAGGAUGAAGCUUGCAUUCAACAGCACAAAGAAAGAAUUGUGUGGCUUCGAUACAUGCUACGACUGGGAAAAAUGUUCAGCCUCCACUUCCCGAUGCAUCUGUUUGUUGCCUCCCCAGUGCAUCAAGGGGGGAACCCAACUCUACUGUGUCAAAAUAGGAUCUUCAACACGCGAGAAAACAGUGAACAUCUGUGAAGUGGGAACUGUAAUGUGUGCAAACAGGAAGGUAGAAAUACUACACUCUGGGAAGUGUUUGGUCUAA